CUGGUCAGGGAAAAAAUUGUCACAGUCUUUUAAAUCUCGUCAACAUCACUGCCGGGCAAAGACAUUGAAUGCAUUAAUGUGUCAUAUUUAGUUUCGGGUGUACUGAAAAAAAUUUAAUGAUGUUAGAAAACAAAUUAUGAAUGGACUUGGAUUAUUUUGGUGCUGGUCACUUAAUUUGAUGAUGGGAUUAAACCAAAAGAUAAUGCAUGAAACCUUAGUAAUCCCUAUGGAUUGAUUUUUAGCUUUGUGACUUUAGACAAAUCACAUCUGGGACGUUUAAUUGAAUUAUCAGAAUGUCAACUCAAAGGAGUGUGGUUCAGAAACCAAAGCAUGUCAAAAUGAAUGGCAUAUCAGUGAGUGGGUCUGGGGACUGGAGUGAUGAUGCUGUCAAAUCGGGAUCUAACACCGGAUUUUCUGACCCGGAAAAUGAUCCAGGUACUGCAAGGAAUGGUAAUAAAAACUUCCCAAAGAAGUAUGAUCCUGUUAAUGCAGUGCUGGACAAAAUAGACUCAGAGUUGUCCUCCAUGAAAAGCUACAAUGGUUCACAACGAAGUUCAAAGGGAGAUAAGCCACAAUCCUCAAAGUAUGAUGAGUUGAUGGGGAGUCAACAAGAGAAAUCGGAGACCCCAGAGAGGUAUAGAAAAGUACUGGAACCACCUUCAUCAGGAUUAGAUAUUUCGAGGAGUCCACACAUUGUCGGUACAGCAGAAAUCUACAGUGAUGCUGCAGGCGGCACUGAUGUUAUAUGGUGGCACCCAAAGCACACAGGGGAGGAGAAGAUGAACGCCCCCAGUGAUCUGGAUUCCCUCAGCGCUCAGCAACUGGAUGAAAAGUUCAAAGAAAUCAUGCGCAAGAAAAGAGGAAAUUAUCUGGACCACCUGAGGGCCAGCUACCCCCAGAGUGACACUGACACCAUCAACACAGAGGACUAUGAGAAGAAAUUCAGGAGCAUUAUGGUGUAUAACUCGGAUGACUCAUCAACUCUGGUACUGUCUGAUGAUGAUAGAUUGGAUGAUUCUUUUGAUGAAAGUUUACCUCCACCCCUGAGUUAUGUUGUUGAUCCACCCCCUAAUACAGGUUCCAGAUUAUCUGAUGUGACAGAGGAACCUGGAAGUGUGACAACACCAAAACUGAAUCUGCAAACCAAAACUCUGGCUGCCCUUAGUCCAGCAGUCCCUGUUGUAUCCCAGACUGACCGGUCCACUAGGAGCCGAAGGAGAAGGACUCCUUAUACAAGUGAAGCUGAAUCGAUCAAGACAGAGGACUUUGAAAUCAGAUUUCAGGAUUUGAUGGUGCAGCCACAGACCCAGCAGAAUGGUAGGGAUACAGGCCAGGAGAGUGAACCUGUAGAUCCCCUCCACAAAAAAGUUCGGGAAAUAUUGCGUGUUUCUGCCCCAUAUGACAUACCGCUGUACAGGAAUCUAAAUAAAACCAAAUCUAGAAAUGGUUACCAUAGAAAUAAAGCAUAUGAGAAUUCUGAGUCAGAGGAAAGGCCAGUCUCUAAGAAGGCUGAAAGACCAAAUGCCAGGAUGAACACAGAAGAACUGGCUCAAGAAUCAGCCAGGAUUCAAAAAGAGAUGGACGAGAGGAAGACCCGGGGUAACCCCUCCCGCCGGGAUGAGAAGUCGCCCACACGUACUGCCAUGAACCUCUCAUUUUCUGCCAUCAACAAGUCUCCUUCCUAUGAAGACCUGCGAUCACAGCUACCUCCAGGUUGUCCUACUCCCUUAACGGGCCGAUUUAGCCCCUCUCCUCAGGAAAGAGCAAGCCCCUCCUCCAGUCCUUCCCCACCCAAACAGAAGUCCCAGAUAGGUCGACCGAUGGAACUGGAAGCGCAACCCAGUUCUCCUAGGGACCUUGAGAGGAGAACCACCUCUGCUAUGGAUAGACCCAGGAAGUAUUCAGAUGUACAAAAUCCAAACACAUCAACGAGGCAUUAUUCUCCUGACAGGACUGCUGAUAUUCAAAUGGAUUCACCCACUAUGACAAGUUCCCCAAGAGAAAGAAAAUCUCAAAUGCCAGACAGAGGGGAACAAGCUUGUGUGGAAAACUCCCGAGAACAAGAAAGAAGUCAGCAACUGGUCCGACCCAAAUCUCGAAAACCAAUCGACAGAUACGAUGAUCAGGACAGUGAUUUCAGUGAUGCUAUUGACAAUUCUUUGUAUGAAAGAAGCCCUACUAGUCAUACAUUUAAUCCUAUAACCAGUUCUCCUAUAGAGAGAGGGAGAACUCGAAGUCGUAGGUCAGAUGCUUGUGAGAGUCCUGGCCAGCCAAUGAGUAGGAGUCUCUCAGAGAGGCCUUUCUACAGUCGUUCUCCAUAUAACCACGAGAGAAGCCAGACUUCACCUGAGAGACCCGGUGUAUCACAUGAACCUCAAAAUGUUUCACUGGGGCGAAUCAGUCCCAUCCUCAAUGGGAGGGGCUCACCAAGGAAUACAGAGGAAAAACUGUCUGUUUCCUUCCAAGAUUAUCCACCUCCUGUGCAAGAGGCUGGGAGAGCUUCGCCUACUUAUUUGGAUCUUGCUUACAACAAAGAAAGGCCAUCAUUUCGCUCUGAGUGGAUUUCCAAGGGAUUGCCUUCCAAGUCAGAAAAUGAGAAAGAACCAAAGACCUUGAAGAGAACUCUAGUGGACCUGAGGACAGCAGAGAAACAACUGAAAGAAAUCAAAGCACUGACUGAAGAUGCCAGGACACAGUUGAUGUUAACAGAAUUUAAGAGGGACAAUAAGCAGAGAGACUAUGAGAGAAUGAGUGAAGAUUUAAACAGGAGAAAGAGGGAACUGAAAGGUUAUGAGGAUCAGCUCCGGUCCAGGACAAGUGAUAUUCUACAGAUAGACCAGAGCCAUCUGGAUGAUAGGACUCUUGCCCUGAUUCAGGAGAACGAGAGCCUGAAGCACAGACUUCGACAGGCAGAUGGCUUGGAGCUAGAGAGAGAUGAACUGGUCCGACAAUUGGAGAUGGCAAAGGAGGACCUUUUUAAUGAACAGAAACAGGCCAGACACAAGGUUGAGGAACUCAAAGAUGAAUUAGAAAAUCUGUCAAGUCAGCUGGAAGAAAACCGCAGUCCUUACCCGACAGUGGACUCCCAGAAAGUACGGGAACUGGAAGAAGCAUUGAGCAAAUUAGAGAAUGACAAGACAAAUCUGAUCAGGGAUAAAGCCAGUUUGUAUGAAGAGCUGCAGGAAAUGUCCAAAUCCUCUAAAGCAGAAUACAGGCCAAGGUCAGGAAAGGCUGAGGAACUACGGACCCAGAUAGACAAAGUCUGUUUGGAGUUGGCAGAUGUUAAGGAGAAGAACAGCAAGACUGAGGAAAUCAAUGGCAGACUCAGGGAGCAGAUUGGAGAAUUGAAAAGGCAGUUGGAAAGGGAGAAAACCCUGAAGGAUGGCCUGUUGGAUGAUCACAAACGAACACUUCAAACCCUGAGGAAAGAAAUGGACACAGCUAUGGUUCAAAUGAGAGAAAAUUUGUUUCUGGAGAAACAGAAAGCUAUAGAGAACAUCAGGGGAGAUCUGGACAAAGGGAGAUCAAAAACAGAAGAGAGGCUUCAGCGUGCCACUGCAGAGCACCAAAAAAUCCUCAAGCAAAAGGAGGAGGAGAUAAUUCAGUUGAUAGACGUUGUUGGUAAACUGGAAAAGGACAGGUCUCUUCUGGAAAGAAGAAUCAAGGAUAACACAGAACAAAAGGUACAGGAAGCUUUGAAGCAGGAACGGGCGAAGCUGGAGAAAGACAAGGAAUUUAUGCUGAUGAGGGAGAAGGAACAGAAAGAGAGCAGACAGACCCUGAAUAACCUGGCUAAUGAACUCGAACAGGAGAGGCAGCACAAAGGGACACUGAUAGAGAGAAUCAGUCAGUUAAACGGGGAUCUUGAGGAUCAGCGCCAGAUGAACAAGCAGGCAGCACAUGAUCGCAUGAUGGCCGUGGCUCGAGCUAAGGACCAACUAAAACACGAGAUGUUGCAGGAGAUGGACCGAGCCAGGGAAAAACUCAAACAGGAACAUAAACAGGAGAUUGAACGGUUGCAGGACACCAUACGCAGACAGGAGGAGGAGCUGUGUAAUCUCAGGGCCGAGAGGAAACUAUACGUCAGGCCGGAGCUAGAAAACUCUCUGGACAGAGUGGAAAGGACCAUUGUCAAUGAAAUCAACGAUGAAUGCAGACGCAACUCAGGAAUUCUGGGCAACAGUCCCAGAAAAGUCAACCUGAAAAACUUCCAAGUAGAAAAUGGUGGUUACACACCAAAUGGCAGGAGUCGAACCCCUACCACUGCAGCAUUGAUACAGCCCACAGAUAAAACUGAGGCAAACCUCAGGGCCUGCAACCAAGACCUCCGCAAUCAUGUAACAGAACUGAGACGGGAGUUAGAAUUACAGAAAACGGCACUACUCAGAGUAGAAAAAGAGAAGGAUGACCUUGUUCAGCGUGUCAAGAAAGAGAUAGAAGUGGAGAGGAGUAAAGAAUUAGAGAAGGUGAAACAGAGUUUGAUGAAGGUUCCAGCACCCCAGUACAAUGGCUACAAUGUGCACAAGCCCAACAAUCAAAUUCAAUACAACAACAAGCUGGUGUCUACUCCUCACUAUGAGUACAGUCCUCGGGAUGAAGUUCAAAAUUAUGAGAUCGAGAGACUGGAAAGGGAAAUCAGGAGACUGGCAGAGAACCAGAAACAAAUGAUUCAUCAAAAUGCUUCAGCUGUAGAAAAUGAUAUUCAGAAUGAGAAGAUGAUAAACCAAUUGAAGGCUAGGGUCAUGCAGCUUCAAGAUGAAAAUAUCGCUCUUAAAAGCAGUAAAUUCAAUUCCUUCUCUGUUCCCGAUCUAUCAAAUCCAGCUCACUAUCGUUCAACUACAUACCUGCACCAGCCUACACAUCGGGAGAAGCUAGCCCACUACCUAGAGCACAGAUCUAAGGAGGGGGUGAUUGACAGCGAGACUGUGGCUGACCAUCAGAGAUUGAACAGGAACAUGAUUUCAAAGAAGAUGGGAGAGGUGACCAGGCUACAGAACUCGCUGACUGACCAGGCCAAGGAUUUGAUCCACCUUAGUAAAUCUUACCAACAGCUGAACAAGAGGUCCCCAUCACCUGUCAGAGAUCUCAACACAACACAGUAACCAUGGAAACUGUGUACAUUGUUGUUAAGAUUUCUCCUAUGUUUGUUACAGGACCUGAUCUACCUGGGGAGGUCGUACAAUCACCUGGACAGGUACUACCAUCCCAGAGAAGCUUGGUAUUCCGUUCAUGACAAUAACCAUUACUGAUUGUAAUCAUGAUCGUAAUAACAUUUGUUAAUCAUGAUCAUGAUUUGAGUAUCUGUUAUAUAUGCAUUACUAUAGUUAUAUAUAUUUCCAUCAUUAGGGUUACAUUGUCAUCAAAAUGAAUCUAUAUAUUAUAUGUUAUUGCAAAUAUACAUACAGUAUCGAUAUGUAAAUCAUUGUUUUGAUUAUAUCAAUUUCAACAACUGUGCUUGAUUUUUCCCCAAUAGCAAUUUGAAACAUAAUCAUGUAUGUAAUAUAUUUUUUUCAUAAUCCCGUACAUAUACUUGUGAUAUUGAUUUUAGAAAGUGUAAUUAUACAGUGUGUAAUUGUAUGUUCUCAAUAAUACAUUGACCAUAAUGCUAGAUUUUUGCAAUAAUGUCAUCUAAGCUGACUUUUUUUAAAGAAUCAUUCUCUUGAAAUAUGUAUUUUCAAUAUUUUAUGUUAUAUUUUGUUCCUUGUGUGGUUUCUUCUUUUCAAAAUUUUAAAUAGAUUGAUACAAGAAGGAUAAGUAGUACAGGUCAUGACUCGGAGAUAUCUUACUAGUGAAUUAUUCAUUAUAUAACGGAUACAUAAGUUGUACAGCCUGUGACUCGGAGAUAUCUUACUAGUGAAUUUUUCAUUAUAUAACAGAUACACAAGUUCACCCAUGCAUCAAAUGCCCAUCUUCAUGAAUUUAUCAAUGUACAUGUGUGAAACUCUUGAUAUGAUUAAUGCAUGUUAAUGUAUGUAUUCGGUAGUGAGGGGAAAGAAAACAAAUCAAAAUGAUGUAGAAGAGGUUUUACGUGUACACCCAGGACUUUUCUGUAGCUUGAUCCGUCCACACAAAUAUCAGUAUAUAUCCUAUUUAUUUUAGAAGAGUGUCUAUAUAUAGAUUCUGUGCCAAAUUUUUCACUUUUGGUAGUCAUACUUAUGUAGUAACUGUCGUAGAUACUAGUACACUUGAGAAAGCUGGAUUCAGAUCUGAUAUUUUUUGCUGUAAAUUUGCUUUGUAAUGUAAGUUGCUUUCUUUGUCGUUUUUUUUUUUUAAAUUUACAAAAACAGAGAGGUUCUUCUCUGAUGAUCCAUCAACAGUCUGUGAUAUUUGGUUCCGUCCAUAUGAGGAAGAAAUAGUGCUGUGUCAUAGGUUAGCAAUGGCUGGAUGUGUAUAUGUGUCCCUGUGUUGUAGGUUAGCAAUGGUUGGAUGUGUAUGUGUCCCUGUGUUAUGGAGAUGCAGAUGACUGUGUAUGAAUGAGAGCAUAAAAUAGAAUUUUGCAAUUAAUCAUUAUUAGCUAGGUUUUUUUUUUCCUUUCCUCUUUUUUUUUUAAUUUUAUGCAUUAUAUGCAAAAUUUAUUUAUGAUAUUAUUAAUAUAUAUUAUAUAUAAAUAAAAUAUAUGUUCAACUUUA